AUGCAGGGGGCGGACGAGCAGACGGUGGCGGCCGGCAACCCCGUCACCGUGACACCGUUGCCGCUGCAUCUCGUUGCGCCGUCGACGCACACGCAGGUGCGCUCACCCAGCACCCAGGCGGCCCCGCCGGCGGUUGACAUUGGCGACCUCAUUGCCUACGAGUACUUCGACGACACCGCGGCGCGUUGGCGGUGCGAGUUGGCGACGGUGCUGGACAAGCCGGAGCCGGAAAAGCUUCUGGUGGAGCGGUUGGUGCAGAAGUCCCGGAAGAGUGUCCGUGGCGUGGUGGCCACCACGGCGGAGGGCCAGGCCAUCCUCGAGCAGCUGAGCGACCUCCAGGAGGAGCUGACGCAGCGUGUCGGCGAUGCCCAGCAGCGCUCGCGCGAGGUUCGGGAAAAGCGCCGCGCCGUUCAACGCGAGAAGCGGGAGCUCGACGACGCGCUGGAGAUCGCGCGGGAGCACCUCGGGGACGUCCGCACGGCAGUGGAGAAGAUUGACAUCCGUCACUGGCGCGAGUUGGUGUCGUACCGAACCCCGCCGGAGAUCGUCGUGCGGGUGAUGGCCGCCGUGAUGCUGGUCCUGGGCGAGCGGCGCCGUACCUGGGCGGAGAUCAUGACCGUCCUGCACCGCCCUGGGAUGACGCAGCUGCUGGCGACCUUCGACUCCAGUACGUUGACGCGGGCGCAGCGAGAGGAGGUGCUGACGCGGUACAUAAACACGCCAAAGUUCACCUACGAGGAGGCGAUCAAAGGCAGCAGCGCCCUCUCGGAACUGUACCGGUGGGUAGUGGCGCACGUGCUGAUGAUUAACGUCAGCGAGCAGAGCACGCAGAUGAGUCGGCUGCACGCCCGCCGCAGCUCCGACCUUGACGAGAUGGAGCAGCUGCUGCAGGAGGAUUCCAAGAAUAUUGCAGCAGUGAACAGCAAGAUUGAGGCGCUGUGGCAACGCUUCAGGGAGGCGGAGGCGGCUGGCCCCUCCAGCUUUUCUGACUCCGCCAGCCUCACCCCCAGGGAGAGCAACAGCGCCAGACAGCGCCGCUCCCUCGCCAGGCCGCCUGAAACCGCACGCGCGGGAGAGACACUGCAGAUGAUGAGUCGGACUUGGCACUACGCGUCGGCGCCGGAGCGACGUCUCAUUUCCAUCUACAACGUACUCUGCAGGUUGGGCCCCGCGCCCCCCAGAGGCGAGACCAUCACGUUGCUGCAGCAGCAGUGCAAGGAGCUCCUAGCCGCCGCACAGGUCAAAGACCGCCGCUCCAACUCCGUCCUCCAGCCAGCGAAGAAAUUCCCGAGAAACGGCGACGCCACCAAUGACGAGACCCCGCAGAAGCCGCCAGCUGAGGCGCUGUUAACGCCACGUAAGCAAGUUGCAGAGGCCAUAGCCAAGCUCGAACGCCAGCUGCAAAAGAGUACGGAAGACAAGGCAGCAAUCGAACGCGAAUUGCAACAGAAUAAAGUCAGGAAUCAAAAGGAGGAAACUCCAUCGAAAAACCAUAGUAACGAAAACGACAAGAAGAAGAAAACGCCACAAAAGCGCAUUAAUGCGACAAAAGAAACCCAGCGCAACUCGCAACUAAAGGAUACAUCCAUAACUACACAAGAGCCCAGCCCAAGUAAAAGCCACAAGGAAAAGGCGGCGCCGGUGCGCGAGUCAAAUGAGCGCUGUGAUGCCCUGGCUGCGCUGGAGCGCCAGCUGAAGGAGCGCGAUGACGCCUUGGCGGAGCUGGAGCGAAGGCUGGAGGAGAGCGGCGGGGACAAGGCGGCGCUGGAACGCGAGCCAAAGGAGCGCGCGGACGCCCUGGCUGCGCUGGAGCGCCAGCUGAAGGAGCGCGAUGACGCCUUGGCGGAGCUGGAGCGAAGGCUGGAGGAGAGCGGCGGGGACAGGGCGGCGCUGGAGCGCGAGUCGAAAGUGAGCGCGCGGACG